AGUUUGUUGUAAGAAAUCUCGCAGAUCACUGAAAGACACGAUCUCUGGUUUCCUCAGAAGAUCCAAAUGCAAAUCUCGCACGAAAUGCUGCAGAUAUCCACAUGCAUCGAAAGCAAAGAGAAGUAAAACCUGUCUGGAUAAUUCGAAAUCUGUUAGCAGUAUCUCCUGUGCCGUUGUCCAAAAUAAACGUCUGGCUUCCAACAAACAAACAACAAAUUCUUUCGGCUGCCCAAUAACUAAGAGAACCAAAUGCAUCGCAUAUCCUACCGUUUACAGGGACAAAUGUCCGAUUUGUGUGGAUCCCGAGGAACAGGAUGAUGAAGUGCUGCCAUGUCCAUCUGUCCGACCGAAGACAGUUCGAAGCGUCAUCUGGUUUUCCAAAUACCAAACUGACUGUUGAAGCUCCCAGCUAUUGCAGCUUUGCCACUGAGGAUCAAGCAAAUUUCACAAAUAGAAACAGUUCUUUCUGUCUGACCAGAAAAAUUUCAAGAAUUGUACGUGCCAGUGCUCCAAGGAGGACAAGCUGCAGGUCUUCCUGUUCUACAGAGAGUUUUGCUGCUCCAGGCAAGACCUGUUGUGCUCCCAAAGAACAAGAAGAAUCUCCCUGUUCUACAGAGAAUCUAGCAUGUCCAAUAAAGAAAACCUGCUGCAGCUUUUGUGAGCCACAAAGCGAAAAUCUCAAGAAUUCUUCUUGUUAUCCAAGUCCUAUGAAGACUGACUGCUGUUCUUCCUCUCAGCCCCAAAAAGAAUACCCCAAGAAGACCGCUUUCUGUGCUCCCAAAAUGAAAAAUUCAAAGCAGACCUAUUGUCAAUCUACCGGUUGUAAAACAGACAUUCCGAAAAGGACCUGUCAUCCAUGCGAAGGGGAUGUCGUCUGUUCGAGGAAGACUGACAGCGGCUCUUCCUCUGAGAAGACCUCUUGUUGUGCUUCCUGCACAAACGAGAUGCUUCUCAAUCAAAAUAAACCAAGUACAAUUAAUGUGUGCCUGAAAAUAUGCACUGCUGAUGGCGAUUUGCUGGAUCCAGGCAGAAUCACAGCCACGUUGGAGACACCUCCUGAGGGGCCUAAGAAGCUUUGUGGCUCUGACAACAUCUUGACUUCAACUUCUCCCAGUGGAACGUUGUCGAAAUGCUGCAAGAAUUCAAGCAGUAAAAGUUCAAUUUUCAAAAGUGAUUGUAAACAGGUUCCGUCUUCUGGGAGUUUAACAAGGUCUACUUGCGACUGCAAAAAGGAUUGUGAUUUCAAAAAUGUGGGAUCUACUUCCCGUUUCAGUCACAAGGACUCACAUCAAUUGGAAACAAGCGAUUCUUGCACCGUUUGUUCAGAAAAUAACUUUAUAAAUGUGCGAACUGAUCGGUCAAGUAGUCGACCUGGAAGUAAUACAUCUUGUAUAACCCCAAGAGUUCCCAAGCCCAUACUGUCAACAUCCAAAAAGAGUACUUCCCAAUGUUGCACCCCUUACAAUAAGAAAAGCAUGGAAAAACUCAACUGGAACAAGUGUCCUUCUCAAGUGAAAAUCCAAUGUAAAUGCACAAAUAAAGAUAUCAGAGAAGAAAAAUUGCUUUGCAAAGAGAAGAGUUCUAAGAGGAAAGAUUGUUGUGGCUGGAAGAAUCGUUCCGAACAGGAAAAAUGUACCAAAAAAGAUGCUAGAGAAGAAUGUCCUAUUCAAAAGAGCUACCCGGAAGUUUCAAAAAAUGCGAAGAAUGCUGUCCAGCCAAAAAAGACAGUUCUAUAAAGAUUUGCUGUAGUAUCACGGAAAACUGCUCCGAUUCCGGCAAAAUUCAAAGUAGCAUUACAAAACCCUUAAUGCAAUGCAAAAAAUCUAUUCCUAAAGUGGAAUUUGAGUGUUGCACACCUCCACCCUUGGAAUGUCCAGAGCAAUGCGAGAAUCGACCAUCGUUUUUGGAGGAACUGAAAAAGGAACUUCUGGAUACUUUGAGAAGCGAGCAAAAUUUGAACUGUCAACUGCCUCAUCUAAAGCCAACGCCACAAAUUAUGAUCUUUCCAUGUGCUACUGAGAAAGUAUCCACACCAUGUCAACCCAGUGAAAAUCCAUGUAACACAUGCUGGAAACCGCUUUAAAGAAUAAAAUUAAAAGUCACC